AUGAACAGCUCUUUGGGGAGAACUAUCUCCUCUAAGUGGAUUCAGUUCUUGCAUUAUUUUACCAGACGUGCAAGGUUGGUGAAAAAACAUAACUGUGUGAUACUGGCAAUUAUAAUUAUUGUUUUGAUAUUCUCGCUUUCCAGAACGGACGAUAUCAAGGAUUUGUUUGAUCUCAGUGAAUCAUUUGGUUCAGAUUCCUAUGAUAGCGAUUUGUCUAGUUCAGAUGAUAUAACGAAGCUACUUCCGGGUUCCUCUGAUGGACAUUCCGAUGCUGAUUGGAAAUCUGGUGCUGGGUCGCAGACAGGUGCUACUACUGUUCCUGCAGAAUUAAAGAACUUCUAUAACGAAGUUACUAGGGUUUUGAACACGACGGUGCUAGCAGGUGAAAUAGACAGUCACAAGCCUGAAGGCUGUGAUCUUAAGGAUACUGGUGUUGAAGAUACAGAUAAGGAGAAACUAUCCCAUUUGACGGAAGAGUAUCUUCUAAAGUGCUUGUCACUUCCGGAGGAUAAGAUCAAGGAACUCAAAGAAGGUCAUUCCACUUUCAAGAGGUAUAUCUCAGAAAAGCUGAUGCCAAUCGCCGAUUCAAUAAAAGAAAAGGGUAUAGGAUACAAAGGUCAGGGUAUCACUAUCGUUGGUGGUGGUAAGUAUACGUUGAUGGCUCUUCCAACCAUAAAGUCUAUCAGAAUGAAUAGUGGAGUUAAACUAAAAAAUACCCUUCCAAUUGAGAUUGUGAUUCCUCCACUUGAUGAAGGUGACAGAGGUGUGUGCGAAACUAUCAUCCCAUCUCUAGAUCCUACUGGUUUGACAAAAUGUGUGUACUUGUCGGAUUAUAUUGACCGUGAUAUCUUGAAGCAUGUUCGUGGUUAUCAAUUGAAAUCGUUGUCUUUGUUAAUCUCAAGCUUUGAAAAGACCCUCCUUUUGGAUGCGGAUAACUAUGUUGUUAAUUCUAUUGACAAGUUCUUUGAUACCUCUAUUUUCAAGGACACAGGCAUGAUUUUAUGGCCAGAUUACUGGAGAAGGGUUCACAGUCCACGUGUGUAUGACAUUGCGGAUAUCGGUAUCGACAGGAGAAGGGUGCGUUUCUCCGCAGAUUACAUUUCAAAUCCAAAACUAUUUGAUCCAACUGAUGCUUCCAAGUCACCAUUCCAUGAUUUGGAAGGGGCAAUUCCAGACGGUGGUACCGAGUCUGGUCAAUUGUUGGUCGACAAAACGAUGCAUCUUGACACUAUCAUCUUAGCUUUGUACUACAACUACAAUGGGCCUUCUUACUACUAUCCAUUACUUGGACAACAUCUUGCCGGUGAGGGGGACAAAGAUACUUUUAUUCUAGCUGCAACAGCGCUAAAGCAUAGAUACUACCAAGUUAGAACCCCUGUCAAACCUCAAGGUUACUGGGGUUUGAACACUAACGAAGUAAGAAUUCAUGACGACAAAAUAGACAAGGUAGACUCUUCUAAGAAAUCUUUCCGUGGUACAGCAAUGAUUCAACAUGAUUACGUCCAAGAUAAAGAACUUGAUAGCGUUGCAGGUGAUUUCCUAAGGGAGGUACUACAAGAGAAGGAAAAAUCCUUUAGAUUGGAGUGGAUCAAGACUCACAAAGACGACUUCAAAGACAUGAAUGAACAAGACGCUUUGAAGAAGGCUUCCGAAAAUAAUGAGAUCUCAAACAAGUUCUGGGAAAGCAUGAAGGGCAAAUAUACUGUAAACGACUUCUUCUCUUUCUUCAAGAUGAACACUCCUGUCUUCGUGCAUUCACACUUGCCUAAGUACGACCCAUGGGAACUAGCGAUGUCACAGGAUUUCAUGUAUGACGGUAAAAAGUCUGAAAAGAAUCCUGAAUACCAUCCAGAGGAGAAAGGUCACUUUAGAAUAUACUCCUCCACCUUCAAGGACAUGACAAACUACGAUUUAGAACUAGCUAACUGGAAGGUAUUCGAAACUGUUCUCUGUAAAGUCGAAGACAACUACAAGAAGUUCUCAUACUUGUCCAAGGUCAUUGAUCGAACGGAAAACCCAGUCCAAAGUGUAAAAGAAAUGUGCACCUACAUCUCAGAGCGGGUCGAAUACCUAAAAUCUUCUACAUGGGAAAACAGCAUCUCUUAA